AUGUUACUGGGUGCUAUGGUUGGUCAGGAUCAAGACUACAGCUCAAAGUUGGCGGAUUUAGCCAGCAUCAACGAAACUCCCGCAAAUAUGCCUGCUCCAGCCAAGGAGAACAAGAAGGGCGAGACCAAUGGUCAAGCCGCCGCAAAUGGGAAUAUCCCGCCCCCGAAGACAGACAAGCCUCGGCCCCACGUUUGCACCACCUGCAGUCGCUCAUUUGCGCGAUUGGAGCAUCUGAAGCGCCAUGAGCGUUCGCACACUAAAGAAAAGCCCUUUGAGUGCCCAGAAUGCGCGCGAUGCUUUGCCCGUCGCGAUCUGUUGCUUCGGCAUCAGCAGAAACUCCACAUGACCACUACCCCUUCAUCUCGCCCAAGAAAUGGCCGCCGCGAAAGUACCGGCGCGGCUCCAGGAGGCACUAACCGUGUUCGCAAGAACUCCAUUGCUAAUAGCUCAACUUCUUCGUCAAUGCGACCGAGAGCCAACACCAUCAGCCAUAUUGAUGGCACCGCAUUGGGAAUUGCUAACGGUACCCCAUCAUCCGCCCCAACUCCAUCAGGCCAUGCUUAUCACCCCAGUCUGGGAUCAUCGCUGGGAUCAAGCAUGGAUUUUCGCGGUUUUGGCUCCGGCCACCCUACAAUGAACGGUUUGAGCAAAAUUGAAACUUCAGGAUUGCCCAUUGAUAUGUCUGGUGGAUUGCGAACGGCCCCCGUUUACGGAAGCUUUGAUAUGGGCAUUGACGGUAUGCUGAUGGGCCAUGGAAGCACAAUAAACCCGGCACAAUUACACUUCGCAGGUUCUCCCCCGGGCUUUGGUGACUCCCCUUCCUCCCCAUUUGGACAUAACCCCCACGCCAUGCACCCCGCUACGGACCCUAUGAUGGACGAAGACAUGAACUUUGAUUGGAUGAAUGGCUUCGACGCAGCUGUGGCACUGGGUAAUGGCAAUGACUCUGUUAUUGACGAGUCAUCCCCAUCCGCCAUGAGUACGGGUAGCCAAAGCGGAAUUAGUGAGGCCAUGCUCGAUGGCCCUAACCGUAUCCCCAUUUCCAAUGGCUGGCAUAACCCGUUCCCAGCACACUCGUCAGCCUCCGCCAACCAGUUCGCUACCCUCGACUUUUCGCCGACGACAUUGAACGAGUUGGGAAUCCCCCCGAGGACCGUAUCGCCCAAGUCACUGAUGGCUCAAAAUCCGUUUGCUGAGACCUAUGCUACCCCGCCAUCCAUGACCUCGGUCGGCCAGCCCCUCGUGGGAGGACAUUCGCAGAGUAUGUUAUCAUCCUCAAUGGCAACAAGCGGAGAAUCUCCUAAUCCUCUCAACGUUCCUUUCCCGAAUAGUGCCCUACGAAGUGAACAUUUCCCACUCUCAACGGAUACCUUUACAGACUCCACACGACAGGCUUUAUUAGUGAGCAUGUCGCAGCCCACUGGCUUCAAUCACCGCAAGUAUUCUCAGCCUGCAAGUGGACUUCUUAACAGCCGAGAAUUGUUCGCCCGCUCGACCGGCUUCAACAGCUCCGGUCAACUACCGAGUACCUCCGAUAUGCAACGGUAUAUUUCGGCUUAUCUUAAUUACUUCCAUCCACACAUGCCCUUCCUUCACACCCCGACCCUCAAUUUCCAAGCCCCCGAAUAUACGAACAACUUGCGCACACCAAGCGGACAUCUUAAUCUCAGUUCCACAGGAGUUUCAGGCGGAGGGGGUUGUCUAAUCCUUUCCAUGGCUUCUAUUGGUGCUCUCUACGAACAUGACACCGCUGCAUCCAAGGACUUAUUCGAAGCUGCAAAGAAGAUGAUUCAGCUCUACCUAGAAGAACGCAGAAAAGCCGAUAUGUCCGCCGCUCUCAGCCGCUCUAAUACCACUCGCGAUAAUUCCGUCCAUAAUACCCCUCUUUGGUUAGUACAAGCUAUGCUGUUAAAUGUGAUUUACGGCCACACCUGUGGCGAUAAAACAUCCGCGGAUAUAGCUAGUACACAUUGCGCAGCACUAGUCAGCUUAGCCCGUGCAGCUGAGUUGACAAACCACCUGGAACCGAAAAACCUACCACAAGAUCACCUUACCGCUGGCAUAAAUGGCUCCGGUGAUUCUGACAACUGGACUUCUUCGUCGUUCAAUCAACCUAAGGAAAGACGAGACUGGCUCAAUUGGAAAGUCGUUGAAGAGCGAAAGCGUACUCUAUAUGCUAUCUUUGUACUUUCCAGCUUCCUCGUGUCAGCAUAUAACCAUGCUCCCGCCUUGACAAAUUCCGAAAUUCGACUUGAUCUGCCCUGCGAAGAAGAUUUAUGGGCUGCUGAGUCUCCUCAAGCGUGGAAGAAGAUAGGUGGUCAGACAGCAUCGAAAAAGAGCGUACAGUUCUCAGCUGCCUUGACAUCUCUCCUCACAGCUAGCCAACGGCAACAACAAAACCAGUCGUCAAACCUAUUUUUUAGUGGUGGUGGUGCGGAUGACCCUUCACUUGCGGAAAAUCGCCCUAGUACGUUUGGCUGUCUCGUUCUUAUUUACUCCCUACAUAACUACAUAUGGGAGACUCGACAGCGACACAUGGGUCGACAAUGGACUGCACAAGAAACAGAAGCAAUGCAAUCACACAUUGAGCCUGCACUGCGAGCAUGGCAAGCAGCUUGGGCAAGCAAUCCUGUCCACAGUCUGGAACGACCGAAUCCAUUCGGUGCAGGACCUCUGUCUGCUGAUAGCAUCCCUUUGCUGGACCUGGCUUAUGUGCGACUAUUCGUCAACCUCGGUCGAUGUAAAGAGGCAUUCUGGCAACGAGACUGGAAUGGCAUGGCAGACGAAUUGGCCCGUGGUCCUGAAGUAUUCCAACAAAUUGAUACAGCUAUGAAUGAUUUGGUGGAUCCAUCCCUCACUGGCGCGCUUGAUGGUCGGCGAGAAUCGAUCAAUGAUUUGGGUGUUGCAGAACUUGCAAUCUCAAAAACGCCGACUCAAGAUGAGCCCAUGCAGCUGUUAUCAAAUGUAUAUAAGGGUGGCCAAUCAAGACGCGAAAAGCAUUUACGCAAAGCUGCUUUUUACGCUGCUGACUCGAUUUCCAUGUCAGAUCGAUUAGGCAAUACCUUCGCGGAAUUUUCGUCGAGAGAGCUUCCAAUCCAAUGCGCGAUGUGUGCGUUUGAUUGCGCACAAGUGCUGGCUGAGUGGAUUACUACUGUGCAAGAACGAGUUGGACCGUAUCUUGGAAUCCUGGGUCGUGACGAUCAUGAUCUGACUCAGGUGCCGGGUGUUAUGCUACUUGAAGAGGAGGACUGCAAGCUUGUGGAUAAAAUUAAGGAAAUUUUAAACAAUGUGGAGAACAAAAUGCAGCGGCAAGUGCAGAACAACAACACCAUGUCUGCACUUAGUGUUAUGCAACGUCUGCCAAGUGCGGUUGAAGGAGGAUAUGGUUGUAAAAUAUUGAUUGCCACGGCGAGCCUUUUAGACAGGGCUGCUGUGUGGCCAGUGACAAAACUUAUGGCGCGCUCCCUUGAGACCCAAGCCAUGCGAAUGAAGGAGCGAGCUGAACACUCCGUGAUGAUGACUACCCAAUAA